CUCAACAGCGCUGUAAAUAUGGCGGAGCCCUCCUUAGGGAGUUCAAGCCCAGGAGUUUCGGUUGGUUCGGAUAUCGUUGACUUUGAGCCCUCAGCUGAGAUGUUGUUACCAGAGUAUGAGGAUGAUCACACCCCUGAAGACCACGAGCUGCCUGAAGGAGACAAUGAGAUAGAAGAACUUGAAAAGGAGAGCGAAAUGCCCAUCCAGGAGCUUUUGAACCUCUAUGGCUAUGGCGGAAGCCGUUCGCCGGGAGAAGAAGAAGAGGAGGAGGAUGAAGACGAGGAGGAGGAAGACGAGGAGGAGGAGGAUGUGGAUGGAGAUGAGGAUGAUGAAGACGAAGGAGAGGACGUGGAUAAUGAUGAGAGCAGCAGAAGCACUGCAGAACUAAAGAAAAGCAAGGAUGGAGGGAAGAUCUUCAAGGGUCUGGUGGACGACAGUCACUCCACUGACGGCCGAGCGGGUGCGGCUCCAGCCUGUAACACAUCUGAACUCAUACGAUCUCAGAACCGCAGCUACUUUCAGAAUAAUGAAGCGGACGAGGAAUCAGAAGAGGAUGAAGACUAUGUUCCCUCUGAAGACUGGAAGAAAGAGAUCAUGGUGGGCUCCAUGUAUCAGGCUGAAACACCGUCUGGACUGUGCAAAUACAAGGAGAAUGAGAAAAUGUAUGAAAACGACGACCAGCUGCUGUGGAAUCCUGACGUCCUCCCAGAAAACACAGUGGUGGAGUUUCUCACAGAAGCUUGUCGACGGACGGGAGAGGAGAUGGGAGUAGAUGCUAUUCCUGAAGGAUCCCACAUCAAAGACAACGAGCAGGCCUUAUAUGAGCUGGUGAAGUGUAACUUUGACACCGCAGAAGCGUUACGAAGAGUACGAUUUAACGUCAAAGCAGCCAGAGAUGGAUUGUCUGUAUGGACAGAGGAAGAAUGCAGAAGUUUUGAACAAGGUUUAAAGGCUUAUGGCAAAGACUUUAAUUUCAUCCAGGCCAACAAGGUCAGAACGCGGUCAGUCGGGGACUGUGUGGCCUUUUAUUACAUGUGGAAGAAGUCAGAACGGUAUGAUUUCUUCGCACAACAAACUCGGCUUGGAAAAAGGAAAUACAACCUUCACCCUGGGGUGACGGAUUACAUGGACAGACUGCUGGAUGAGACCGAAAGCACCGCCUCCAGUCGAGCGACCACGCCCUUACCCGCCCCCUCCAGCAGCAGCACCAGCCAAUCAGAGCGAGAGGACGUCAGCGCUCACAAUGGACUCGGGAGUCAUGCGUCCAGCGCAGACUCCACACAGACACUAAGCAGUGUGAACGAGACGAAGAGUGAAUGUCUUCAUUCGAACGGAACGGACAGUCAUGAGGACAGUCAGACAGAUCAUCAGGACUCCAACGGCUGUAAACUCACGGACACCUUCAUCACGGACACUAACGGCUCUUUGAAGCGCCACUUGGACUGCCAGAGUCUCGACAGGCCCACAAAAAAGUGCCGGACAGAAUCAGACUCACUGGUCCUGGUUGAGACGGACCCUUCCAGAGCGAAGGAAGACUGAACCAAAGUUCAGGCCAAAUACAGAAAGCGGGGCGAUGGGACACAGCGCUGUGACACCCGUCCACCCCCAACCCAAAGCCAAGCUGCUCCAAAAACACCACCCUUCAACUCCAACUACAGCCGAUCCAUGCGCCUUUUUCACCAAACCAUUUUACAGAGAAAUGUAUAUUCUAUUUGUAACGGAAUUUGUCUGAUAUUUUUUUACCGACGAGAUAUUUAUAUUUUUAUUAAGACAUUUUGACAAUGGAUGAAUAUGCCAUUAUUAAAGCCAUUAUAUGUUAUUCAUGAGGAGGGUUUGAUGGUGGGCGUGGCCUCGUGUGCAGGGGCGAGGAGAUGAAUUGAAGUCCUGUGCACAAGCAGCGUUCUGCAAGCCCUGGCAGCCGUAGUAAAAAUAAAUAAGCCAAGAGAACCACU